AAUAGAUGUGACACUGUGACCAAUCGUGCUCUGCAUAGAAUAACUUUAUACUUCAAAUUACCGCUUGAUAAAAUUCAUUUUGAGUAAAGACAUUCAAUUCAAUUUAGUAAUGGAGAUUCAAGAGGGUUCGUUGCCUGGAUUUUAUUGUAGCCGAAUUUUUGGUCUGGCACCAUAUUUGAUCCAACGAAAUAACAACAAAGAUCGAAUUAUUGAGAUUCGACGAUCUCGUUGGCUGUGCGUUUACAGUGUUUGUUUCAUGGUCACAAUGGCCAGUCUAUCGAUUCGAUAUUUAUUUAUCGACUCACAGUCAAAAGCACCAAUUCGUUUUUUCCUCAUUAGAAUGAGAUCAGGACCUUCGAAAUUCGUCACAAGGUUUGAAGUAUUUAUAGUCGUGAGUGCAGUCCUAUGUGGUGCCAUGACCGGUUUAUUUGCACGGAAAUUUAUACAAAAAAUCAAUUCCAAUCUGAGAAAAAUUGACGACGAAUUGUCAAUGUUCGAUGACGAUAUGAAGAAAGACAAAAGGAGAAAUUUCAUAAUGGUAGCAAUUGUAUUUGUGAUUAUGACAGUGAUGCUUGCUUUGGAUAUUGUAUUCAAAUGGCGAAGUGCUGAAAAUUUCAGAGCAAAGCUACAAGAUGGUAACUUGGCAAAUUGGGAUCGCCAUUUCUUUACUGCCCGUAUAAACAUGGAAUCCUACCUUCCAUUUUAUGUGCAGUACUACGUUUUAAUGGCAUUGCACACGCAAUUGGCGCAAACUGUCCUUGGUAUGCAAAGGCGAUAUCAUCGGCUGAAUUUAGCUAUCAAGCACCUGUUUCCAUUUGAUAAAGUACUGGCGGUUUCGGAUCAGCUGAAGGUCAUGUCAAAGGACGUGCAAAACACAAGAGAAGCUUUGACAAUGAAAACAAAAGACGAAAUUUCCCUAUCUUCCAACAUAAAUACACUUAAACGUCCAGUGGCGAAAAUAACACCACAACCAAUUCCAGACAAAAUCAAUGCAUUCAUUUUCGACGUGAGCAAAUACUCAGCGGAUUUUUCAACAGCGACAUUUCUAAACCAACUGAUGUGUUAUCAUGCCAUUUUAGGUAAAACAGUAGCAACAAUAUCAAGUGCUUUCGGAAUGACAAUGGUGCUGAUGUUGAUGUCCUGCUUACUUACCCUUGUGUCAACAUGCUACUUUUUAUUCGUUGAGCUCAUCACAGAGGCGGUGUCUAUUUGCAUGAUUUUUCUAUUUCAAUUUUCAAUGACAUAUUUGUUACAUUUUGUGAAUUCUUUGCUGUUUGAUCUAGGACAUUUUUGCCACGUGUAUGCUAUUGCUAUGGUGUUGUUUUCACAUAUUACGGCUGCUUUUGAUCGUCGAACCAUGUCACAAAAUGUUACAUGUGUACAGGCAAAUGAAACAAUAAACAUUGUUUGUGAAGCGCAAAGAAAUUGCAAAGACAGUUCGAUAGAGUCAAUUUUGCAACGCUUUUGGCGACAAUUGCUCGCCGACCAUAAGCAUUACUUUACCGCUUUCGGAUUGUGUACCGUCGACAGGCAAAUUUUGACAUCCAUUUGUGCUGCAAUCACCACUUACCUGAUAAUUUUAAUACAAUUUGCGAAAAAUGGAAAUUGAACUAUAUGUAUAACUUCUUAAUCAGCGAUUCCACACGAAAUCAGAGAAUUAUAUGAAUAAAAAUGACUGUUGU